AUGAGCUCGCGGAAACAGGAGCAAGCUCGUCAGAGACGAAGGGAGGCAAGAAUUUCGUACACAGCAGAAAUGGGAGAAGUUAGUUCAGCGAAGGUGCCGGAGAAGGAGGAACGAGCUCAGAUAGUCGAGGAUUUCUCACCUCAUGUCACAUUUUAUUCCGUGCGAAGAUCAUAUCCGGAUAGUUAUUAUCCAAGAGCUAAUUCGUUACCGCCUCCUUCCGCGAGAAUGCAGAGGAAGAGACACCGUUCUGAACACAGAACCCCGAAUCAAAUUGACGUGCCUCGUUUGAAAUUGCACAGAAAGUAA